CAAAAGGCAUAAAGUAAUAAUGCAGCCGCCUGUGCCAUCUCCCGUUGCAGCCAACAGUGGAGAAAAAGGUCUGAAGGGCAUCAUUGCCGGCGGUAUUACUGGUGGGUUGGAAAUUCUCAUCACUUACCCCACGGAGUUCGUGAAGACACAACUGCAGCUGGACGAGAAGGGGGAACUGAAGAAAUUCAAUGGCAUCGCCGACUGUGUGACGAAAACGGUCAAGAAUAAGGGAUUCUUUGGCCUCUAUCGCGGCUUGAGCGUGUUGCUGCUGGGCAGCAUACCAAAAAGUGCAGCCAGGUUUGGGGCCUUUGAGUUCUAUAGCACUAAGAUGCGCGGUGAUGGUGGAGAACUGACCAUGACGAAACGCUUCUUCUCCGGCAUGUUGGCUGGCAUGACAGAGGCGGUUGUGGCCGUCACACCAAUGGAGACAAUCAAGGUGCGUUUCAUCAGCGAUCAACGAAGCGCAAAGCCCAAGUACAAGGGUCUGUUUCAUGGCAUUGGGCAGAUCUUCAAGAGUGAAGGAAUUGGUGGCAUUUACAAGGGACUGCCAGCCACUGUGGUGAAGCAGGGCUCCAAUCAGGCCAUUCGUUUCUUUGUGCUCUUCUCGCUGAAGGACUUGUACACGGGCAAAGACCGGACAAAGUCGGUGCCAAAAGUGUUGGUUGGUAUUUUUGGUGCCAUUGCCGGUGCCGCAUCGGUGUUUGGCAAUAAUCCCAUCGAUGUGGUCAAGACACGCAUGCAGAGCUUGGAUGCGGCUAAAUACAAGAACUCGGUGGACUGUGCCCUGAAGAUCAUACGCCACGAGGGUCCCAUGGCCUUCUACAAAGGCACAGUGCCACGCCUGGGCAGAGUCUGUCUCGAUGUGGCCAUUACAUUCAUGAUCUACGAUUCGAUUAUGGAUUUGUUUAAUUUAGUUUGGAAAUAGAUUUAAACAUUAAUUAAAUAUUG